AUGGGCUUGCUAACUCUGUCUUUCGCCCUCCGCUACACGUCAGGGAGAAAGCUGCAUCCAAGCGAGCCAACGGUGGUCCAGCCAUGGAUUCCCGUCAUAGGCCAUCUGCUGGGCAUGGUGGUGUAUGGCGGUCGCUACAUCAAGCGCCUUGGGCUAUGCUAUCCACAAGAGCCAAUCCUGACUCUGCCAGUGCCGGGCUCUCGAAUAUAUGUCGUUACAGAGCCUUCGUUAGCCGCUAGUGUCCAGCGCAACACCAAGACAUUGUCAAUGACGCCUCUGCUGCCCGAGAUAACCAAGCGGGUUCUUGGACUGGAUCAGAAAACAUACCAUGUAAUCAGUCAGAACCUGGAUCCAGAACCGGGGGAGCCACGGGGAUUCUUUGCCGACGUCCAUGACUUGGUGUAUACCUCAUUUGGGCCAGGUGACUAUGUGAAUGCGUUAAGCUGUGAGGCCGUGCAGGAGUUAUGCUUUCAGCUGCUCGAGACAAUCGACGUGACAACUGACGCCACGGGCUCGGUACCUGGCCCGGUUGAUCUUUUGGCCUGGGUCCGUCAUAUGGUCACCGUCGGCACCGCAAAGGCGUUCUUUGGGCCUCAUAAUCCCAUUGCCGAAGAGCCUGACCUGGCGCAUGAUUUUUGGGCAUUCGAUCAUGGCCUCGGGGGUUUGCUUAUCGGAAUCUUCCCAUCCCUCACAGUUCCCAAGGCAUAUGCCGGCCGUGAGAGACUGACAGCGGCGUUCCGCAAGUAUCUCGAAGCCGGCUAUCUGGAAGAGGCCACAUCAAUCGUCAAGGGCAGAGCGCGGAUCGAGAAGGAAUAUGGCAUGAGUACCGACAUGACGGCCCGCUCGGCGCUGUCGUUUCUAUUCGCAGGCAUCGUAAACGCUACAACGACGACGUUCUGGGUAGCAUUGAGGAUUUUUGCGAACGAAAUCCUUCUUGCUCGAGUGCGUCAGGAAAUUCGCCAAGCGCUCGAAGUCAGUUGCCAGCGCUCGGGACCAGAUACGCUGAGCAUCACAGCAGUUAAAGAAACAUGCACAACACUACUUGCCGUCUACCGAGAAUGCCUACGCGUCGGGUCGGAAAAUUUCUCUGUGCGGAUGAUCAAGGAGGAUACGAUGCUGGCUGACAGGUACUUCCUCAAGAAGGGCGCUGUUGUUCAGAUCUCUGGCGGGGCCAUCCAUGGAAGGAGCACGAUCUGGGGCCAAGACGUUGAUGAGUUCAACCCCGACAGGUUCCUCAGGCAGAAGGGCAAAGGCCAUGGCUUUCAUCCAGCGGCGUUUAGGGGGUUUGGCGGCGGGAAGACGCUGUGCCCUGGCCGCGAAUUUGCCACGAAUGAGAUUCUGGCGUUCGUCGCCAUAUUUAUCCAUGGAGUUGACUGGGUGGCCCCUGAUGGGGGAAGGCUUUCUGUUCCAGAGAAGAACGAUCGUGUGAUGCCGGUUCACGUUCUCGAGCCAGCGACCGCACCGAAGGGCAUCGUCCGGCCAAGGGCGGAAGAGGUGAAGAUGCUGAGUCGGCUCAAAGUGGUGAUGUGA